GAAUAUUUGACACUGUGCCAGCUGACUUAGCCUCACGAUGUUUUUGUGUUGAGGUUGAAGGCGUGAUGGUGAUGCGUUAAGCUGCACGCACAAGUGCACAGUCAGAUAAAACUGCAUUUAGUGCCGAAUGAGAGGAAGGACAAAAGCCUUAUCUUAAAAGGCUAAUCAAAAAUAACUUGGACGUCGUAGUUCAAGAUGUCUGAAACCCUUGAAGAGCGCCAGGAAAAUGAGAUUGAAGCACUAAAGGCAAUAUUUGCACCGUCUGAGUUUAUAGACUUAAGGGAAAAGGAUGUCGGCCGCAAAAAUCGUCGUCCACCAGACAUAGUCUUGACUGUAACCCCUCAGCAGGGGAGCAGUGGUCCUGCAGAAGUAUACGCCAAAAUUGAUCUUCAUGUUAAGUGCAACAGUCGAUAUCCAGAACAUGUGCCAAAAAUACUAUUGGAAAAUAGUAAAGGACUUUCAACCCAACAAGUCAAGGAGCUGUCGGAAAAUCUUGAUUCGCUUGCCAACGACUUGGUUGGAGAAGUUAUGAUCUUCGAACUUACUCAGUUCGUCAGGAAAUUUUUGUUAGAGCAUAACAAGCCUCGAUAUCAAUCCUUCUACGAUGAAAUGCAAGCCCGUCAAGCACAACAGGAAAAGCAGAAGCAGCUGUUAAGGCAGCAAGAGCAGGAUAGAGAGCGCCAAAAUCUGAAAGAACACAUACUAAGAAAGCAACAAGCUCUUAAAGAGGAAGUUCGGCAAAGGAAAGAAGUUUUGCAUGAAAAGGAAGUUUUAAAUAAUAAUGAUGCAGUUCCAAUUCAGCAAACCAGACGUCAGCGUGCUCAAAGCUCGUCAAGCAGUACUGACCGAUUGACUUGCAAUCACAGAGGAACAAAAUUGGUCCAGUUCUCUGAGCAGCAAAUUCAAAUCGGGCACUGCUUAGGUCACAGCAGUAGAGGCAAAGUUGUCUAUGCUGGUCAGGAUAUCAAUUCCGGAGAGCUUGUCAUUGUCUCGCAAUGGAGAAUGAAAUGUACUGGCUUAAAAAGAAAAGAUUCUCAGGAUGAAAUAAGCCCAGAGUUAGCAAAUAUAUCUAAACAGGUUUCUGCAAUGGAUCAGGAAUCACAUAUGCUGCAAAAACUGAGCCACCCAGGCAUCAUAAGAUACCGUGGUUUCACUAGUGAACAAAGGAGCGAUCAUAUAUUGAUAUCAACUCUUCAGGACUUUGCUGAUGGCAUCAAUUUAGCAUUUUUCCUUCAAGAGUCAAUAUCAGUUGGGCUGGAUUUGCUGCACCACAUUGCAAAACACACUCUUGAGUCCUUAUCAUUCCUACAUAGAAAUAACAUCGUGCACAGAGACCUGCGCCACUCUAGCGUGUACCUUUUGCAGAAUGGUGGUAUCGUGAUUACAAACUACAGCUUGGACAGCAAACUUGGUGAGCUAGUGCAGGGCAAGGAGAGAGUGGACUGUGGGCUUCCUCUUCCAAUGGGAAGAGGGGCCAAAAAGGCUGACGUCUUCCGAUAUGGUUGCUUGUUGCUCUCACUUUUCCAAGGAUCUCCUGUAAAUACUUUACUACCAUCUCCACCAUCUUCCGUCCCCAAAGAGUUCCGUGACUUCCUAUUAAGAUGUCUAGAUCGCAAUGAACAAGAUAGGUGGAGCACCGACAAACUUCUGAGUCAUCCGUUCGUAAAUUCAAGCAUUGAUAGGCAGCUGAGCCCAAAGAAGCAAACAAAGAUCAGUGAAAGCGACGAUGAGCUCUCUGAUGAGGCUGCAAAUGACACAAAGAUUGACCUUCCUGACGUGAGCAAAGGCUCCUCUCGUGUCUACUCAGAAUUUGAAGUCUUGAAGUGGCUGGGCAAAGGUGCGUUUGGCGACGUCCUUAAAGUUCGCAACAAACUCGACGCAAGAGUUUAUGCACUGAAAAGAAUCAAGCUGAACCCAAGAAAUAAAACUUUGAUCAAGCGGAUCACAAGAGAGUGCAAACUGCUUUCACGGCUGAACCAUGAAAACGUUGUUAGAUAUUACAAUUCGUGGAUAGAGAGUGCCAAUUUGACUCACGCAGAUGAGCCUGAAAGAUCUGUAACAAGUGACACCAUUGAUACUGGUAUUACUAGUUCAGAAAAUAUAGAAAAAUCUAUCCUGGGCAACUCUCACGUUGAAUGGAGUGUUUCUUAUGAAGCUCGUCCAGCGUUCAAAAACUAUGAUUCCGAGUCAUCAAGCUCCGAAGAUGAAGAGGACGCUGGCCCAUGGGCAGCUAUUUUCCCUCCAGAGCAAUCCAGCAGUAUUGUAUUUGAAGGAGAUGAACAGGCUGAGGAGUCCGAGGAUGACGUAGAUCAUGUCGUAAGCGGGAAAAAAAGCGACAAUGAACCAAAAGAAAUCCAGUUCUUGUAUAUUCAAAUGGAAUUUUGCGAGAAAAGCACUCUGAGGAUUGCAAUAGACAGCGGAGAACUUUGCUCAGAUGAGCCUCGUGUUUGGCGAUUAUUUAGAGAAAUGGUUGAAGGCCUGGCCCACAUUCACCAACAAGGAAUGAUUCACCGGGACUUGAAACCUGUGAAUGUUUUCUUAGACAUUCAGGACCACGUGAAAAUUGGAGAUUUUGGCCUUGCUACUGCAAAAUCGUCGGCACCAAUAAACAAAGAACAUCUUUCUCUUGUUAGCUCAGACAAGAUAAGCUCAAAAGACUUCCGCGAAGAUGGUGGUGCGCUGACAGGACAUGUAGGAACUGCCCUCUAUGCAGCACCUGAGCUGAAUGUCAAUGCUGGACAAGCUGCCUCCUACAAUCAGAAAGUGGACAUCUACAGUUUAGGCAUAAUAUUUUUCGAAAUGUGUCACGCUCCCCUUGAAACAACAAUGGAAAGGGUGAAGGUUCUUCUCGCCCUGCGCAGCGCUGACAUUAUUUUACCCUCUGACUUCACGCAAGAGGAGCAUCCUCAACAAACUCACGUACUGAAGUGGCUUCUUUUGCACGAUCCUGAUAAACGUCCUACAGCGCAAGAGCUGCUGAAAGCGGAAUGCCUGCUUCCUCUGCAACACGAAGAUGUUGCUUUGCAGGAGAUCCUUACAAAUGCUUUUGAAAAUACCCAGAGCAAAAUUUACAAGCACUUGGUCAGCUCAUUCAUCAGUCAGGAAGUGCCACAAGCUGAAGACUUGACGUUUGACAUAGGUAUGAGCAAAAGCCUGCUAGUGCCCAGAGCCAUGAGUGCAGUUCGUGUAGCAAUUGAGAAAAUAUUUCUCAAACAUGGAGCUAUCCGACUUGCUUCUCCAUUGCUGAUACCAAAAAGCAGUGCAUCAGUGAAAGUGAAAGAAACUAAUACGACUGUCACGCUGAUGACCCACUCUGGCUCUGUGGUGACCCUGCCUCAUGAUCUUAGGGUCCCAUUUGCUCGGUUCAUCGCUUGGAGCAACAUUACGACUUCCUUAAAAAGGUUCUCCAUUGAGAAGGUGUACCGAGAGAGAAGAGUGUUUGGAGUCCAUCCAAGGGAGCUGUAUGAAUGUGCAUUUGAUAUUGUUUCACCUAAUCUAGGACUGCAAGUGGGUGAGGCAGAGUUGCUCUCCGUGCUAUCUGAAAUUGUGUGUGAAUUCAACGAUGCUAUCCAAGGUGCUGUAUUAAGACUGAACCACACAUCAUUGAUCAAGGCUAUUUUGCUGAAUAGUGGAAUCGAUGAAGAGAAACAUGAAGAGUAUAUCAAUUUGAUUCAGGAUUUCAAGGACUCGAACAAACCCAAAAAUUUACUGGAAACACUAUCUCAUCACUCCUUGGAAAAUUUAACUUCUAUGCUGAAGAUGGAGGCUCCAUUGAGUCAGAUGCAUAAUUUAAAGGCUCUCGCGAAAGGAAGAGGUGUAACGGCUAAUUUAGCUAAGGAGGGACUCAAAUAUUUAGAGUCUGUAAUCAACACUGCAGAGCUUCUUGGUGUAAAGUGUCCAAUGGUAGUGUCUCCUGGUCUGGUUCUCGAUCCAACGCGCUUCAGUGGCUUUGUCUGCCAACUCACGUGCCUAAAUCCUUCUAAACAUCACGGAAGGCAGAAAGACGUCAUUGCGGUCGGAGGAAAUUAUUCUCAUCUCCUUGCAAGUUACAGAGAAGUCUUGGAGAAUGCUCAUUCAAAGCGAAUGGUUGCCAUGGGAGCGUGUGGAAUAUCAGUUUCGCUAGAAAGAUUGGCGUCUAUUGUGCAGCAAGAACGCUCUGAUCCUUCCAUUUUGAGCCAUGCUAACACGGUAAUUAGCUCGCUUGACAGCAAAGUUUUACUGAAAGAGGCGCCAAAACUUGCCAGAGAACUAUGGUCUGCUGGUGUUAAAGCCCAUUUCGUCCAACAUGUUCAGGAUGUCGAUGACGCAGAAGCAUUGGUAAAGGAACUGGGUGCUUCUCAUUUAAUCAUGCUCAAAGACUCUGAACCACAUUCUGUGCGAAUUAGAACUUGGGAAAAGGAUAGGUUUCAAGAGAAGAAAGUUGACCUCGUGAAUGUACCCUCUUGGAUCACUCGCAAAUUUUCCACAAGUGAUGAGGUGUCUGAACCAAACCCGACCAACGCGUCUGCCAACUCUGGCGUCAAUGCUGGUUUCAAUUUUCAUUUCGUCACCACGGAGAAAAUGGCAUACAACACCCGGCGUCGUUUUGAAAAUCUGAUGGCUGGACACUUGGCAAACUUAAUGAAGCUGUUGAGUCAGAAAUGUGUUCUUGAGGUUGUCGCAAUCAGUGUUGAGGGAAACAUUGUCAAGUCUCUGGCUGCAAAUCUGGAUCUCAAUGGUGGAGAGGAUCAGUUCAACUCCAGUAUAUCAUCUGUCGUGGAGAAGUUUGGAAAACAUCGCAAAUACAUGGCAGAAGUGUGUGACAAACUUUACGAGCUCAGGUUUGAAAAGAAACAUUUCGGAAUUGUCCUUUUUAGUCUUGCUGACAACGUAUACAGGACUCUUUUUUAAUGACUAUAUAAAGGUUGGUUUCCAUGCAGCUUUUGGGAAAUAUUUUUCUAUGAGCGAUGAGGUUAAAAGUAUUUUUAAUCUAUGAAUGGAAAUAAAUGCAUGAUCAAAUUAUA